AUGAAACAAAACAGCACAUCUAAAGAAGAAAAACAGUCCAUCCAGAAGGACGAACGUCGUGACCAGGCGAAAACGAUGCCAAGCAAGGAAGAAUUAACAGAAACGAUCAAAAACGCAAACGCGAAACCUUUUGAAAACCUUGGGAAGAACGACAAAGUAAUUACUGAAGAGGAAACAGAGGCGAAAAGCGAAGCGAACAAGAAAGCAAGUCGACGGUUAGGCGAAGCCGCCCAAGGAAAUGAUGAAGAAUAUGAGGAUGAAGCCUAA